AUGGCAGAUCAGAACGCGGCCGCUGGAGUUAACCACAGCGAAGGCCUCCCGAUACCAGAGACUUCGUCGAGAUGCGUCACGGAGUGCGGCGCACACAACUUCGAGGUGACCAAUUCCGAGCUGCUCGUCGGCAUGGGGAUCGGGAGGUUCGUCAGCUCCAGCACGUUCAGCGUCGGCGGCUACGACUGGAGCAUCAGGUUCUACCCGGCCGGAGAAAAGGAUGACCCUGCCGGCGGCUAUGCGUCAGCCUUCUUGUUUUACCUCAGCGAGACGAAGAACGUGACGGAAAAUUUUGCCUUGACCAUGCUGGACAAAGACGGCGAAGUAAUUCCGCCACCGGAGCUGCCAGGACAGCUGGAGCGCGUCCUCAAAGACCGGAAAGGCGCCGACGUCACGAUACUGGUCGGCGGCUGGGAGUUCAGCGCGCACAGGUUCAUGCUGGCCGCGCGGUCGCCGGUUUUUGACGCGCAGCUCUUUGGUCCUUUGGCGGAGAAGGACACACGGUGCGGAAAUACAACAAUAGAGGUCGUCGAUAUGAAGCCGGCCAUCUUCGAGAUGUUCCUUCACUUCAUCUACACGGACUCGCUGCCGCCGCUGUGCCUGUGCGACAGCGAAGAAGGCUACGGUACUGCUGAGAUGCAGCAUCUGCUGGUCGCAGCAGAUCGCUACGGGCUGGAUAGGCUAAAGGGGAUGUGCGAAGGGAAGCUGUGCAGAAGCAUUAACUUGAAGACUGUCACGAGUACACUGGCACUGGCGAAUCAGCACUUCUGCGAGCGGCUCAAGAAUGCGUGUGAGGAGUUCUUGUCGGAGUCAGGACGAGUGAGCGAUGUCCUUUCGAGCGACGAGUUCAGACGCCUCAUUGCAAGUUGCACUCCGCUAGUUUUGGAGGACAAGGAGGUUUCCGCUGGGGAAAAGAAGUUAUAG